UGAGUAGCGUUCAUCUUUUAGGUUGUAUUGAAACAGCGAGUUGAUCUCGAAAGAAAAAGUCCUUUUGAAUAGAAAGGAAAUGAAAACAGACGGAACAAGUAAGCCUGUGAAAAUUACUUACGUAACCAUGGCUCCGAAUGAAACCAGCAAAGCAGAUGAAAGUAAAAGCAGGCCAACCAGAUCAGCCUUAGGGUUGCCUCAACGCAUUGCUGAUUGUGACCAUGCAACAAAAGAGAAGAUCCGUAACAAAGUUAAAGGUGAUAUCUUUGCAAAUCCAGCUCCCAUGAUGCCACAUACCUUUUUCAACUUGUCACAGUUUUCUUUCUUGCUUCCUAUGCUCUGGGGUCUUCAACCACCUGACUUUGUCCAAGCACUACAGAUUUCACUUAUAGAUGUAACCAUCAUGAAAUUCUUUGAAGAUUCUGGAAUCAUCAACUGGAGCAAAUCUGCAACAAAGCUGUUCCCUUUGAGAACCACAGGGGAUGGCAAUUGUCUGUUACAUGCCAUUUCUCUUUUUCUUUGGGGUAUUGAGGAUCUCGACCUGCAAAUGCGCAGAAUACUUUAUCAAGACAUAUUCAGUGAUAAUGAAGUUAAAAAAAACUACAAAAAGAGAUGGCAACUUGGAAGGGCAGCCUUUGAUCAAGGGAUUCCUGCUGGAGGGUUGCGUUAUGACACAAUGAACUGGGAUGAUGAGUGGAAGUUGGUCAUUCGUAAUGCAUCACCAGAACCAAAUCCAGAGGGCCAACAUAUGUUGCCAUAUCACAGCCUGGAGGAGAUUCACAUUUUCAUCAUGGCAAACAUCCUUAAAAGACCCAUAAUUGUUUUAGCAGACACAAUGUUUCGGGACACCGCUGGAAGAUCACUGCAGCCACAGAAUGUCACAGGAAUAUACCUACCAGUAAUUUACAAAGCAGAGGAAUGCGUUACCUACCCAAUAGUGCUUGGUUACCAUCAAAACCACUUUGUACCAUUGGUAGGCAAGAAGAAGUUUCCAGAAGAAAUUGUAGAUAUGGUCUUACCACUGUGCACUAAUAAGUUAGAGGGAUUUCCUGUACAUUUUCUGCUUCCAGAGGAGGAAGCAUCAAAACCCAGAUUAUUAGCUACUUAUUUGAAGCAGAAGCAGUUAAUGCAUAAUACAGAACAUUCUACUUCAAUGCUAAACUUACAGGCAGUUGAACUUGGAACAAAAGAACUGUUAGAAUCAGCUAGUAUUAUGGAAACAUACUUCAAAUUAGCAGAGAAGAACUAUCAAGCUGGAAUAAAAUCUGGAGUAUCUAAUGCAUCAAUCUCAAGUCUACUCCUAGUGAAUCCACCAAAAAGUCAAUCUGGAAAGCCUUCAGGUGUUAAACUCUGUAUUAUGUGUACUAACAACCCAGCUGAUGGUGAGAAUGAUGUAUGCGAAGAGUGCCUUGUAAAGAAUUGUACAAGUUUUCAUCCAACCGCUUCAGCACCACCCGAGAGCAUGCAGAUUGGAAAUGUCUCAAAGAAACUUGGCCACUUAAAAUUGGACAGAAGCUAUGAUCCCAAGAGUGAGUUAAGGGGGCCAGCUCAGAAUCCAGCAUUUCAAUCUCCUGUGUCUUCACCAGUGACUGGUAGUAUGGCUUCGGCGUCAACAUAUGCUCAGUGGGGAUAUUCUAUACGUCCUGACAGGCCAUGUAAGACACCUAGAUGUCAAUUUUUUUGUUCAUCUGAACUACCAGGGGAUUAUUGUCACAGCUGUAUUGAAAAAGCUCCAAUGGCUCAGCAUACGAAACUUGAAAAGUGUAGAACAGAGGGUUGUAUGAAAGAGGCCAAUCCUGAGAGACAAGGCCUUUGUGACAUCUGCUCUGGAAGUGAACAUCUUAAGAAGCAAAGAUCACUGCAUGUGGUUGGAUAUGAACCUUUGCCUUCUAAUCAAAUGGCAAUGGCUUCUGAACUAAGGACUUCGUCACAAGGAAGGCCAAAUAUUAUAGAAGAUCCAAGUGGAUUAAAUAGCCUAGCUAUUAUGCAAACAAAUGUUGGUUCCAAGAAAUGCCUUGAACCCACAUGUAAGCUUACAGGUCAAUAUGCUUUGCAGGGAUUCUGCUCAAAAUGCUACCAAAAAGUUACUAGAAAAAACACCGAAAACACCCAGGAAGAAAAGCCAAGCAAUCAUGUAAAACAAGGCUCCUUGGAGGGAGUGACAUCUGUUCCAAGAAUACAGUUGGGUGAACUUAAGUAUGGCAGUUCAAGCCUACAGCAGCCUACUGGACCAUUUAAGUGCAGAACUGAGAAUUGUGACUUGUUUGGUACACGUGAACAGAAUGGCUUUUGUACAAAGUGUUUGAAUGAACUUACACUCCAGGAACACCAGGCUGUUUGUAAAAAUGAUUAUUGUAGAAAGAAAGUCUUUUGUGAUGGCUAUUGCAAAGAAUGCUAUAUUAAUCUCCCUAGUGUAACAGGAGUAAGCAUGCAAUCAGAAGCCCGAUUCCAGUCAGAAGCCAGGAGAGAGAUAGCUCAUCCAUCAGUUGCUCCUUCAUCAGUCAAGUUCUGUAUAACUGAGGGAUGUCAGGAUAUGAUCGUAACGCUAGGGGAUCAAAGGCAUUGCUAUACAUGUUACCAAGCUCAGACAUCAAAAGGAAAUCCAGCUUCCUUGUCACGACAUGCACAAAAGAAAUGUGCUAAUCAGAAUUGUAAAAGACAAACCCCACCAGAUCAGCCCCUCUGUGUUGAAUGUCAGCAUAUCUUGGACACUUUGAAGCGUGAGGAAACAAUUAAAACAAAUACGAUGUCAAAUUUACCUCAAUCUGCUCCAGCGCCUCUCUGUAAUAUGUGUGGUACAAGAUUUGCUGGGCAUGAUGGUGUUUGUAACAACUGCAGGCACGCAAAGCUCUUUGAAGAAUGUUACAAUACUGGUUUAUCGAGAAAAGAAGAAUUUAUUCGCAGUCAAGAGAAAUCCUCUCUUUGCAAGAAUACAGGUUGUGAGAUGUUUGGAAGUCCGCAAUAUCAUGGGUUCUGUUCCAAAUGCUUUACUCUAAAGCCAACAAGACCAAAAGAAAGUAGGAGUGCACCAGUAAGACCGUCUCCCAAUAUGUUGCAAGAUGAACCAUAUAAACCACGGCUGUGCAUCCAAGGUUGUGGUAACUGGGCCAACGUCCAGGUUUUGGAUGGCCUGUGCAACGAGUGCUACCAGGUGUACGGUCCAGUAUAUACUCGAAGACCUGCUCAGAGUGCAACAGUGGAAGAACCACGAGUAUAUGGAUCAGAACCGAGGAAUAGAAAUCGUACGGAUCUGAAAUGUUUUAAUGAUUAUUGUACAAAUCGUGGAAAUCCUGGUGCAAAGGGAUUUUGCAAUUCCUGCUUUCAAAAUAUGAAACGUAGUUAUUAGCCUCCCACGUUGGGUACAUUGUACUUAAAAUUUGAAUAACUUGUUUGUCUCUUUAAUUAAUUAAUAUAUGAAUACUGUAUUUAAGUUAGUUAAUCAAUUGAUGACCAUUUUCAUUAUUACUUAAACAAAUUGAAUUGAGAAUGCGAUUUUGUAGGUAUUAUGUCAUUCUAGUGUCAAUAUUUUUUAUUUUUUUUAUUCGUUAUACACUAUUGGAUAUGUGCCCUUAUCUUACACAGGUUUUCAUUCUUUUCUGGAUGAUACCAGCAGGUUAAGUUUAGAGGUGCUUGCUCACUGACAGUGCAAGUUCCCCAGGGUUCAUUAUUGGACCAUGGAGGUACGGUAUUAUAGUAAACAAUACCUCCAUGUUUAGACCCAUUUCAUUGUAGAAUACUGUAUAUAUUUUUAAAUUUCAAUAUUUUAAGCUCCAUCCCCAUAAGAUAUUCCCAGUACAGUGUGGCUAAUAACUAAAAUCUUUUCUCCCAUAUUGCUGAGUACCUAUUCAAAGUAUAAUGUACAGUAAUACAUAGUUGUAUAGUUAAUACAAAAUGUGAAAGUUCCUUAAGUUUUACAAGAGAAAUGGGUUAAAUUUAAUAUUGUUUGUAAUGUUGAUAAAUGAUCUUUAGGUUUAGAAUCUGCUUCUUUUGCUUUUGAUUCAGGUCCUUCUUAUUUUGUAUGGUUGCAGAUGCUGUAAAGGAGCCCAAAGAUGAAGGCAAAUCAUGGUUUUGAAGAGUAGAUUAGUUUCUAGAGCUAGAUCAUUUCUGUUUUCCUCCAUUGUAUAGGGCUCAUUUAAUUGGGUCUGCAUAGAGCGUUUUUUGCAUUGUGAUAACUAGAUACAUUUCAAAAUUAUCAUUAAGCAUCUAACAGUUUUCGUAAUUUGACUUAUAAUAGAAUAAAAAGAUAAAUUAAUAAUAUUAUCAAUAAAAAUGUAAUAGUAAUUAUAAUUUUAUUGUUAUAUUUGAUGAUGGCCAACUUAAAAAUAUGUAAAUUCACAUAUAUUUAUUUUAAUACUGAUUAGGAAGUGUAAUUCAGUAUUUUCAUUUAAUUUUUUGUUUGUAUAUAUAGUAGUAUACCGUAUUUCAAUAUUGUAUUCUUUGGUUGUAGAAAUAGAGUGUAAUUUUGAUGUAGUUUUCAAUAUAUGGUACUGUAUAGUACUUUAAUGCUUAAAUUAUACGGAAGCUUUACAAAAUUUUAGUUAGCGAAUAUUACUAUUGUAUAUAAAUAUGUACUGUUAUUUUUUUGUGGCUUGCAUAGUACAAUUUAAUUAAGAUAUUACAUGGUUUUAAGUAAUUUUUAAAUCUAUAAUUUGUAUGUACUGUAAUUAUAUAUCAAGUUCAUUAUGAUUUAUUUUAAGAAUGUUUUACAACUUAAUUUAAUAUGUUCAUUAAUUUACACCAUAUUCUCAUUAUUCGUUAGAGGAAAUUUUCUUUUGUUAAAUAGAACAUUCACUACUUCUUUACAUUAUUGAGUUUAUGGUAUAUUAACUUUCACUAUUUUGCCCUUAUGUGUAUAAAAAAAAUUACUACCGAACUUCACCAAUGCACAUCGUUUGCCACUUUUUAAAAAAGCAUUUGUUUUUCAAAAUAUUAUGUAGGUAAUCUCUGUUGCAUCAGAUUUUUUUUUUGUGAUC